AUGAGAAGCAUGAACAAAUACGCUGGCCAUCAUUCCAUGAUCCGUCGUUUUUCACCCAUCUCUUAUCAAUUCUACCGUUCUUCUAAAAACUUCCUUUUUUCAGCCGCAAAUGAUCAGAUGAGGAAGCGGCAAUUAUUUAUUCCGAUACUCAUAUGCUUUCUCAUUUUUAUCAUAAUCUAUCUGCUUGGGUCAUAUGGAUUGAAUCUGCUUCAAGAUUAUGAGAGAAGUGAAGAAGAAAAAGUGAGAGGUAAGUCAAAAAACCGAAUUUCCAGAUUGUUUGCCAAGGUCACACUUUCAGAGUGGCAACACAAGCAUCAACCCAAACAAGACGAUGACGUAGAACCUCUAGAUUACGUUCCAAGAACUACACGACUUCCAGAGAUAAAAGAAGACAACUCAGAAGAGGACAUUGAAUGGAUCACAGCUUCUACAAGGAAAGUACCAGUUGUCAUCACAGAGGAACCUUCAACAACCACAGACACAACUACUGAGUUUGUCACUGAAGAAAUCACUGAAUCCACUACUGAGUACAUUACUGAACCCACUACUACCACUAGCACCUCAUCUAGCACAACCACUACAACUGCAACUACUUCUACAACCAGCACGACUGUUGCACCUACCACCACACGGAUUCGAACAUGGACGUUCCCAACCAGACGCCCACCAAUAUAUGAUCCAGAUCGUCAUCGUUAUGGUCAAGAUAGAGUGAACCACCAUCAACACCAUCAACACCAUCAUCACCAUCACAAAACUACAACCACGCCAGCUACUACAACAUCUCCAACAACUACAACAAUUGGACCAUCGACCACAACUACCCGGAUUCGAGUAACAACUCCAAGAUAUUACGCAUCUUCCUAUCCAUCAGUUCCUUCGUCGUCUUCCAACUCUAUUUAUGAUCGAAUAACCAUUCCUUCAAUCCCUGCAACAUCAAGCUACCGGAACCCCUACAUCCACAAGAUCGAGGUGACAUCUUCUACUUAUCGUACUCCAAAUGUUCAACCAACGACUAGUACUCAUCGGCAACAUCAUCAUCACCACCACCAACACAACCGUACCCACAUUGAUAUUCAUUCUCACCACCGUCAUCAUAUUCCUUAUCCACAAUUUCCAUACCCACAUUUCCCAAAUAUCCUGUAUCCAACAAGUACCACAACGGAGAAGACUACAACAACUCAAACAACUGAGGCUCCAACAACUACUGAACCAGAAACAACCACCACAGUUGUAGAAACCACGACUUCAAGGAGACAUCACCAUGGAAGUCAUCACGGACAUCAUCAGGGUCAUCACCAUCACAGUUCUACAGCUCGUCCAACUUCCACAACAACAAGAGAAUCAGAAUUGGAUCGAUGGGGAUUUGUGGAAUCAGUUGAAGAUCUGAGUUACGAGGAAGAGAAGUCGUCUACACCACUACCAACAACAACAACGACGACAUUUACAACCACACCAACUACUCCUGCACCGGUACGGGUUCUUCUGGAGAGACCAGGCGUUCCACGUCAUAGACAACCCGAACCAGCUCAACCACCAAUCAAGAGAGUCGAGCGAGAUGUAACCAUUGUCACUGGAUUCCUUGAUAUUGGUCGUGGAGAGUGGGACGUUUACCGAAGACCGCUGGAAACUUAUCAUCAAUUCAUGGAGACACUUCUCACUCUUCAAAACAAUUUUGUAGUGUUCACAGAUGAUUCGACAUAUGAUUUUGUAGUCAAAACAAGAACAAAACUAGGUUUGAUGGAAAAAACAAAGAUCCACAAAAUCACAUUGAAUGAUUUGCCAUUGUAUGGGUAUAUCAAUGAAGCAAGGAAAAUUAUCAGUGAUGAGUUAAAGAACGAAACCUUCUACAGAACUGUUGCUGAUCUUGACAUGCGAACACAUCCGGAAUCGAUCAGCGCCGAGUACAAUAUUGUUGUCAACUCAAAAACUCACUUUCUUCACAAUGUCACAAUGGAGAAUCCAUUCAAUUCGGAGCACUUUGUAUGGUUUGAUGCGGGGUACGGACAUGCCAAUGAGAACCAUUUCCCAUACAAUUACUACUGGCGUCCUGCCCUUCCUGAUGGAAAAAUUUCGCUGAUUAAAGUGACACCGGAAUUUGAUGGUCUGAGUGAUUACGAUUUGUCAAGACUGUAUAGGAAAAAUGUAGCUUUAUUGAGUGGAGGAUUUAUUUCAGGAGACAAACACUCUAUCGGUCAAUUGCAUUCUAUCAUUCAUCGCAAAUUCAUCCAAUUAAUUUAUCAAAACCGAAUUGACGAUGAUCAGACUCUUCUCACCCUCGCUGUCAACUCCUUCCCUCAACUCUUCCACGUAAUCCGCGGUGAUUGGUUCGACGCGUUCCGGUUGUUUGCAUCUGAUCCAGAAGUUCAACUAGGAUGA